UACAUUUCAAUGUCUGCAAAAACUAUCAUAUACUUAAAAAAAAACGAAACUCAAGAUAGACAGGCCAGUAUCCUUUCGAAUGUUAUUGAAAUGCCAUGCCUUGCAAAGUAAAUGGCUGUUAGCUAGCACCAGACUCCUUCAAUGUUGCUGUUAUUGCACCAUAAAAAAGUUGCACGUUCCACUGAGCCUCCUUCCGAGGCCACUUACUCGUAUUGGGAUUGGACCACUAAAUUUCUUAAUCCGGCUCUGGCACAGGCUAUAAGCCUCAAAGCAGCCAGAAAAUAGGUGAGAAAAGCAGCAGGUGAAUUUGAGCAGGUAUGUCAUAGGAUAAAGAGGGGGUGCAGUAUACAAACAUUACUGGAUAUCCCAGUUAACACAGAGCAAGUGUGAAAAUAAAAGAUGAAAAAGCAAACCUGUCUGUGGGUUAAGACCAACUGUAUGUUACCACAGCCUAUCUUUCUUGUUCUUAUUAGUAGAGUGAUUAGUAGGGAUUGAAAAACUUUACUUUGUGGACACGGGGUCAAUAAAGGUUUGUAGAGCAUAUUCGAAGAUGCCUCUUGCAGUUGUUUCUGACUCAGUUUAUAUUUUGCGUAGCUUUUUCCACAUUUAAAAGAAAGUAAGGCAAAAAAAAAGCUAUGCAAAAGCUACAUAAUCCUAAACAACUAAAAGUGAGGUUUAAGAAUGUGCUCUAGAAACCUUCUAUUGACAUUGUAGCCAUAAAGUCAAUUAAGAAUGUUUGUUAAUUACUACUAAUCAAUAUAUAAGAACAAAAUAUGCUAGAUACUUCUCUGGCAUGUGAAUAACAUACAGUUGGUUUCAUCAGCACUGAAAGCAUCGUUUUUAUUUUAAACUUUCUCCAUGUUAACUGAGACACCCUAUGUAUUGCUCUGGGGUGCCAAAAAGUUUCAUUAUUUACAGGAAUAGUUGCGAUAGGCCCUUCCUCCCAACUCAAAAUGAUGCUGGUGGUCGUUGUAGUAAUGUUAAAUGCUUGACUACAUUAAUUUUGCACUAUAAGCACAGAGUAGUACAGUCCUUUCUCUUCCUGUUCUGCCCGUUAAGGUGAAGGCGAAUUGAUCAUUUGUAUUCCACCCAUUCUCCCAAGGCCACCGCACCAUUCCCAUUUUAUUCCGGGUGUUUCAAAAUGCAGAGUCAUUCUGAAUCAGUUCUAAACUAGGCAACACUCGUACAGAUACUGAAUAAAAUAGGUCAUGUAUGAUCAUUGCAGUUUUACUGAGAGACUUUCUUUUUUUUUUUUUUUUUUUUUAAGCGUGCUACAAAGUACAGUCGGCGUCAAAAGAUUACGUGCCCCGGGAUCUGAGAAAUAUAUUUUCGCAGCUUGGACAGGCACCUAGGUAUUCAAAUUUGGCGCCGGUAUUAUACUACGUGUACUAAAACAACGUGCGUUGUGCGGUUUCCCUUGCCACACUCGCAUACUGCUCGGAAAUGAGCGUUUUCUCAGAUCCGCACUGUCCGUAGAUUCUUGCUUCGAUUGCACUUAAAAUUAAGCGUUUUCUCAGAUCCGCACUGUCCGUAAACUUGCUUCGAUUGCACUUAAAGAUACAUUAGGGUUUGGUAGGAUGUCCUACUCUAGCUGUGACCUCAGCGUGCAUUCAUGCAGUACUGUGUUUUCUGCCUACCGCGCCGUGUGCCCCUCAGUGUCGCAAUUUAGAAACAAACGUUGGUCCGAGCGGAAAUGAAUAAAAGUGACGAUGAAGAAGAAGAGGGCUCGUGCGCUGCUGCGGGUGCAGGUGGAACGCGAACGGCCUGCACCAUAACUUGGGUUGUAACACACGAGUGAGGGUCUCCCACUCUCGAUGGAUGUGCUGAGAGCCGUCUCGUCCAUCCACUGCCACAAAAACCAGAACGACGAGGCAGCUGACGUGGACUUGAGCGCUCGCCGGCGUCUCAUCUGCGCCAGCAUUCUCUGCCUCACCUUCAUGCUCUUCGAGCUCGUCGGUGGCAUUUUGGCGAACAGCCUGGCGAUAGCGACGGAUGCGGCGCACCUCUUAACAGACUUCGCCAGCUUCAUGAUAAGCCUGUUCUCCCUUUGGAUGGGUGCCAGGCCUGCCACGAAACGCCUCAGUUUUGGCUGGUACCGUGCAGAGGUGAUCGGCGCGCUGACAUCUGUGAUUAUGAUCUGGGCCGUCACCGGCGUGCUGGUCUACAUGGCGAUCCAGAGGAUGAUCAGCAAGGAGUACAACAUCGACGCCACCAUCAUGCUUAUCUCCGCCUCCGUCGGCGUCGUGGUCAACAUAAUCAUGGGCCUGGCGCUGCAGAUCCACCCGGCGAGCCCGCUGGGCCACAGCCACGGGUCCGAGGAGUCGGCGCGCCGCUUCGAGCUGCUCUCGACCGAGCCGUUCGUACCGCACGGUGGCACCGCCAGCGAGAUGGACUCGUCGCGACAGUGCAGCCGCGUCGACAUCUUCCGCAGCGUCGGCUCCCGCGUAGCGCUCGGCACAGGCAGCCUGCAAGCAAUGGGUCCACAGCACGUACCCGAGGUCGGCCCCAGCGGUCACAGCGCCAGCGCGCCGUCCAUGUCGUCGCCGCCGUACAAUCCGUCCGGCCCGGAAACGCUGUCGGCGCACCACACCGAGGGCCCCGAUGCCGUCGGCACCGAGGCCGUGACGCCGCACGAAGACGCGACCGAACAACGGGGCGCGCAGUCGGGCGUAGUGGGGCCACCGGGAAGUCAACGGGUAAUGUCGACAAGCUCGGAAGACAGCGGCGCGUCAGACUUCGCAGCAAUUCGCUCCGGGGCAAAACGCCAUCGCGCUAGCAUUGCAAGUGCCAGCGGAAACGUCUCGGACAGCGCCGGGGGCGCACCAAGAACUGCCGCAGCUGCUGCGCCCGUCGAUGAACAGUCCGGAGUCUCCCAGCACGAUCCGGGAACGUCGACGGAUGGUCAAGCUAGGACGUCGGACAGCCGUCACACAAGCGCCGCGAGCCUGGUGCAGACGCCGCCUCAGCAACCAACGGGCGCGGGCACCGCGCCGGCACCCGAUGCCGGCAGCCUCACCGCGAGCCCCGACCCGCCGCCGCGAAGCAGCAAGGAGAGUCGCGGCGUGAUGAACAUCAACGUGCGCGCCGCCUUCAUCCACGUGCUGGGCGACCUGAUCCAGAGCGUGGGCGUGCUGAUCGCGGCCAUCGUCAUCUACUUCUGCCCGAGCUGCGGCGUCGUGGAUCCGGUGUGUACGCUCAUGUUCUCGGUCAUCGUUCUGGUCACCACGCUGACUAUCCUGCGCGAGGCGCUCAACGUGCUCAUGGAGGGCAUCCCGCACAGCGUCGACUACCACCAGGUCAAGCGGCUCCUGCUCUCCGUCGACGGCGUGGCGCGCGUGCACGAUCUGCACAUUUGGGCGCUGAGCCUCGACAAGCUCGCCGUAUCGGCGCACGUCGUGCUCGUUCCUGGUGCGGAUGCCAUGUCCGUGCGGCGCAGUGCCUCCAGGACGAUUCGCCGCAACUUCGACGUCUUCAAGCUCACUCUGCAGAUGGAAGAGUUUGAAGAAGGCAUCCGCCAACACUGUCGCCGCUGCAGCGAGCCCAGCUGAGAUGCAUGGCACGUGGUUUUGAGCCUGGUGUCGUUCUGCGCUGCCACCACAUAACGCUCAUUUGAGCUGUUAUAUUUUACUUCAAUUACUUCUGUUUACAAGUACAAAUGCGUUUUCAGGGACAGGUUAAUUGUGUUUCAACUGUAAAUGACGAUCAUUCUCUUUGGACAAAAUAUAUAUUCGAAACGUAUGGUGCUGGCCGGGCAUGACCUGUUUCUGACUGUAGGUACUGAAUCUGGCACCUCUGAUGGCAUUUCAGUCGUGGCUCUGCAUACAAUGCAUAACCAAACAAUUUGCACAUAAUAAGCAUUGCAUUAAAUUUUUCAUGCAAGAAUAGCUAUGAACACGUUGGCUCGUAAGUAUGGCAUGUAUAAUUAUAAAGACAGCCUCGUGCGGCUUUGCCACUCACGAGUACCUGAAUAAAGCAGACAACAACAAAAGCAUGCUUGUUGCCUGUCAAACAACUUCGUUGAGGAAAUGGCACAUUUCAAAGGCAGAUUUGCUCCUGCUGUGCAUAAAAUACUGCAAACAUUUCACCCAACUAAAACGUUAAAGUGC